GGAUCUGGAUUCUCAAAAAAUAAAAGGAGAAAGAGGGAUCUUUGCCGGCGCCGCCUCCUCUUGCACUCGUGCCCGCCGUGCAGUUUUGAUCCGCCGGCGCACUUGCCUUCCAGCCCGCCUCUCUCCAUCGAGAUCCGCCCCACGUUCAGAGGUACCUCCCUCCCCGCCCGGUUCCCUUCUCCGCCUCUCUCCCCUGUCCAACACCCACGGUGCCGCGUCUAGCUUGGACGAACAUCAACCGAAGCUGCAGAAGGGAUCCAGAUUGGAUUGGUUUAAGGGGAAAAACAAGACAGGUACAAAAUUUUCAGCGUAGGUGUCAAAUCCCCAGCAGAGUUCACGGUACCAGUAAUGGAGAUAUUAUGGGUGUUUUGGAGAGCUAGUCCAGAACCGUGAUGGCUUGGAUCGUUGACCUUAACUAAUUAGUACUACUAGAUUGUAAUGUUUGCAAUCUAAAAAAGACCAAGUCAUUACUCGUUGAAAGGAUUAGAGUGCAUCAGCCAUGAUUACUGUGAUAACAAGCUUCAGUUUCGAUGGUCGCUGUGGAAAAGGAAUUGAUAUUUAAGGGAUGUAUCUAUGUAGUGUGCUGCACAGCUUCAGAUUUGUACAAAGCUCUGAAUUUGAUUGCUGUGUCAACUAAUUUACAUUGUGCUGGAGAGCUACAGCGACUAUCUUUUGUGCUCUCUUGCUUAUUCGUUGCUAUGUACAUUGUUGUUUCAGAGCUACCUCAAAUAUUAUUGUUUCAUGAUUCUUGUAUGCUUAUCUUCACAUAAUGUUUUUCAUGGCUUUGUUCUGUUUUCCUUGAUGAGUAUAGUGUAUAGUUUAUCUUUAUUGCAUCAUCGUUUUAAAGACUGAAGGAACUCUGAGACUGCUGGACGUGAUUCGAUCCCUCCUAUUGACCUCGACUGGGCGUUGAAGAUGCAUAGCAGCAGGGCAGAGGAUAUCACGCCUAGGGAGGUCAAGAAGAGGAGGAGAAUUCACAUGGCCAAUGCACUAGAUGGUUGCGGGGCGUCGAUUCCAUAUGAGAUUAUCGUAGAGGUGCUGCAGUGGCUCCCCGUCAAAUCUAUCUUCCGCUUCCGGGCAGUUUGUCGCUCCUGGGAGGCGCUGCUCUCCUCCGAUGAAUUCCGCUGCCUCCAUAUGACAGCAGCUAAGGAUCCAAGGCGGCGGGCACCACCACCAAAGCUGCUAUACAUCUCACCUACCACCACAUUCGACUCCACCGCGGUCUACUCGUGCUCCUUCUCAUCAUCAUCAUCAUCUAGCCGACCCAGAGAUCGCGGGGACCUACUGUUUACCAUCGACGGUGCCCGUGGCAACUGUGUGGAAGUAGUGACGCCCAUGCCAUGCCGCGGCCUCACCCUCCUCUACGACGCUAUCGGCGCAGCUUUCUACAUCUGCAACGCUGCAACACGAGCCGCUACGCGUCUGCCAGCUUCCACUGAGGAACGAGCAGCCAGGUCCACUGCUGGGCUGGGGUUUGAUGCCCACACAGAUGAGUACAAAGUGGUGAGGUUGAUCAAUAGGUUGUGUCAUCAGAAGGACAUGGUGAGGUGUGAGAUUUACACACCUGGAGGCCGCUUUGGGGAUCGCUGGAGGCCGCCUGCCGGAGGAGUACCCUUGAGCUUGCAUCAGUUUGUAUAUGCCGCUGUUACAAAUGCGGAAUUGAACAAAUUACCUCCUGUGUUUGCCAAGGGUUGCCUGCACUGGUUGAUGAGACCUGCCUCUUUCACCACGACUCCGAGUGUUGCUGUCGUGUCCUUCUCGGUCACAGAGGAGACCUUCACAUGUCUCCGGUCCCCGCCCUUCUGGGUGCCAGGAGCGCCGCCGAUCAGGUAUGGGUUGUCCAAAGAGCAACUAGUGGAGAUGGAUGACCAACUAUGUUUGGUCCGAGAUACUUGCAACACAAUCCUUUAUGUUAACGUUUUGGAGAUCUGGAAACUGCCGGACUAUAGCUCUGGUGACUGGUUACUGAGUCAUCGGAUCAAUUUGUCGAGCCACGUGGCAAGGGAUUUACGCGAAUCAGAAAUUCUGAGAGUUAUUGGAUGUUUUAGCAUCACUUCCAGGUCGCCAAGGAAGAAGAUAGUCAUCACUACUAGCAAGCACAAGAUUUUCGACAAGUAUCAGAAAAUGGUUCACACCUAUGACCCUAGGUCUGAAGCUCUAGAAACCAUUCUUUCAAUCACAGAGACACACUCAACUCCAUAUUAUGGGCCCCCAAGUUCAAGGUUUAGUUUCAUUCAAGACACCCUUGCUCCUGUGCAUAAAACAGAUGAAAAGAUGGCCUUGUCAUCUGACCUGGCUAAGGUGACUGGAGAGAUCCUACUCCGCCUCCCAGCUAAAGCAGUGAUACACUCCAAAUUUGUGUGCAAGCAGUGGUUCAGAUUGAUCGAGAGUGACAACUUCAUUCAGUCAUACUUUCAGCAUAAGAACAUGGACAACAGACCUAAGGUCAUGCUUCUGGUCAAGGGCACUGGACAAUUGGGCUUCAGUUUUGCUCCCUUAAAUAAAUGCCUCCAAGAAGCUCCUAGUAACACUAGAUUACUUGAUACAAAGGUGGUUUGCUCCAAGCCUUGCCAUGGGCUGAACUUGGUAAGCACCAAGACGGAGGUCUAUCUCUGCAAUCCAUGUACAGGUUUCCACAGGGGUUACUCGCUGGGGCCAAGUUUGCUGCAGAGAAUGCCUAAAGCAGAAGAGCAUGCUUUUACAGUCGGCAAUAAGAAUAUUGGCUUGACUUUCGACCCUUUGACUCAACAACAUGUUAUCGUGGCAAUGUUCUAUCGCCAGAAGGACUUCAAAUCUCGUCAAUAUGACCUGAGAUGCACGUUACGCUGGUGUGACUCUCGGGAUCGCCCCCAACUGAGCUCGGUACCGCCUCUGCCUGUGAAUGACAUGCCACCGGCCUAUGUUGAAGGAAUGCUGUACUGGAUGAGUGAACCAAGGUUGGGACGGAGCUGUGAAUGGAACAUUGUUUCUUUCAACCUUGCUACAAGAAUUUUCAAUGUCGUCCCUUGCCCUUCGUGGUUUGCAAGAUGGAAUAGCAGAAACCGUUGUCGUGCAUUUGUUGUUGAACUCGAGGGAGUAUUAUGUGCUGUUCUAGCAGAUCCAAUGGCAGAAAAAUUAGAUGUAUGGAAGCUAGAGGAUGACCAAUGGGGCAGAGCAUACACAAUUCACCUGGAAGCAUAUCCUGACUAUUCCCUUAAGACAGGUGUUGUGGUGCCAUUAGCUGUUGAUCGCGAUCAUGGGAGGAUCCUGCUCAGCACUGGGAGGAAAAUAGGACUGUAUGAUCCAGUAGAGCAAGCAAUUCAAAAUUUGUAUUCACUUGAUCAGGUGCCGGUUGUCAGAAGCUGUAGUCCACACCAUAAGUUUCUUGAUAUGCCUUCAACUUCUAGUUUGACAUGCUCCAAAGAAGACUCAGCGGCGGAGAUGAAUAGAAUGGACUCUAAGAUGAUUCCUUGUGUUCCAAUGUUAUAUGUGGAGAGCUUGGCAUGUUACACCCGUGUGCCCAAAAAACAAUUGAUGUGGUGAUAUCUUGCCUGCAUGUUGGUGAACUGAAACACCAAGCUUUGAUAAUGUAAUACUAGUAUUGAACAUUUUUAUUGCGAGUAUAUCAUUUCGCUUUU